AUGGAGCCGUCCAGCGCAACCAAGGGUUUCUUCCAAACCCCCCCAACUAUCCCGCCACAGUACGUUGAAGAUGCUGCCCUUCGCAGGAUAAUCUCCUUGCAUCUUCCUUCCCCAACUCCCUCCAUCAUCGACAAAGAUCUAUCUCGAUUUUCCCGUCUUGUACUCUCAAGGUCGCAUCUGGCCCACGUGGCCGACGCGGAGAAGAACCAGCCUUACCUUCGGCCACUUACCACGUUCGGAGUGGAGAAUAAACAGGAUCCCCUGGUCACAAGUGAGGGCUGGCGCAAACUACAGGAUAUUGGAAUCGAAGAGGGCUUCGUGGCGCUGGGCUAUGAUGACGCACCAGGAAAUCCGGCCUCGCACUGGAACAACCGAGUAUAUCAGUCCAUCAAACAGCACAUUUGGACCUCGAGUGCCGCCCUGGUUACAUGCCCCGGUGCCAUGACCGAUGGUGCAGCCAAACUGCUCGGAGCGCAUUUGAACGAUAAAGAUGGAGAUAUAUUUAGGGAAGCAAGAAACCGACUAAUCAGCCGCGACCCUCGUUUUGCCUGGACCAGUGGUCAGUGGAUGACAGAAAGGAAGGGUGGUAGCGAUGUUCGUGGAACUGAGACCGUGGGCAGGAAACUUUCAGCCGAAGAACAGAGCGCCAGCAAUGGUGUUGAUUCGCUUGGGAAUCCUCUUGGGCCGUGGCAGCUUGACGGUUUCAAGUGGUUCUCAUCCGCAACAGAUGCCAAUAUGACAAUUAUGCUGGCCAAAACGGGGCCAGAUGGCCAGAUCAGUGCCUUUUAUGCUCCCUUGCGCAGAAAGGUACCCGGAGGAGCCGAAGGCGAAACAGAACUCAACGGUGUGAGGAUCCAGCGUCUGAAAAAUAAGCUUGGCACCAAAACACUUCCUACCGCCGAACUGGAGUUGAAGGGGAUGAGGGGCUAUCUGAUUGGAAAGCAAGGAGAGGGCGUCAAGGAAAUUUCAACCAUCCUCAAUAUUACCCGAUUCCACAACAUCAUCGGAGCGGUUGGUGGUUGGGGAAGGGCACUGGCUAUCUCGAGAGCUUAUGCCAGAGUACGGGUUUCUGGAGGCAGACUUCUCACAGAUAUCCCCGCUCACGUACGAGCUCUUGCCCGAGACCAUGUGAUGUAUAGAGCGCAGAUGCACCUUGCGUUUCUAGUGGCUUCAUUAUUGGGGAUUUCUGAAGGCCAAGACAGUUGCCUCACCCUGGCGACGCGUGCUUCUAUUCUUCCCACUGAUGCCCAGCAGGCUAGCGCUUUGCUGCGUCUCCUUACCCCCAUGGCUAAAGCACAAACGGCACUCAGAGCCAUACACGGCGUUCGCGCUUGCAUGGAGAGCCUUGGUGGUGUCGGCUAUCUCGAGAACGAAGAUACUUUGUUCAACGUCGCAAGGAUUUUCCGUGACACCUGUGUCGUCAGCAUCUGGGAAGGGACCACUGACAUCAUGGCAGAUGACUUCGUGCGUGUUAUAAAGUCUCGUAAGGGCCCUGAAAUCCUGACGGACGUUGGUCAAUGGGUCGCGAGCGCUUUGGCGAUUGCCAACAAGCAUUCGUUUCAGAAGGAAGGUGAGAAAUUGCAGAAAGCGUGGAAGCAAUGGCUGCAAUCUAUCGACGGUAAGGAUAAAGAGCAAUUGAAAUGGGAAGGGAGAGACCUCCUUGUUGGACUUGAGUAUGUGGUUUGUGGCUUGCUGUUGAUUUUGGAUGCUGCGCGGGAUAACGACGCUGUCACGAGAGAAAUUAUGCAGCGCUUCGUAAUGCAGGAUCAAGCCUCAUAUAGCUCCUGGGAAACUGAAGCGGCCUGGGAUAAGAGGAUUGUUUUUGGAGAAGAGGGUGCAGCUACAGCGAGGCUGUAA